AUGCCACCACUGAUAUUGCCCAUGGACAUAACAGUUCUUCCUUCAGAUGUACUUUCAUUAUAUGACGAACCUUUUUAUGAUUUAGUUAAGAAAUUAGCUGGUCCAAUAGAAGCAAAAUUACUUGAAAUUCAAGGAAUUCGUAGUGCUUAUUCAUUAAUUAAUACUGAAGAUAUUUUUGAUAUAUUGAAUAAUUUACGAUAUUUAACUCAAUUACUUACUGUUAAAAAUGAAGAACAUUUAAAAAUGAUUGCAACUCGAUUGAAGUCAAAAAAUAAGUCUAAUGAUGAUUCUAUUAAUGAUAUAUCUCAAUCUCAAACAACAGCACAAGUUCUUCUGAUAUCUUCACAAUUAGAACAAACUACAACAAAAACAACAACAUGUUAG